GAGGUGCGCCCACUGUUACACAUGCAUUUGGGUUAAGAGUCUAGUUACACUAUGUAAUUGGUAUGUUGUUAAUGAUAAUGAUACUCGUUUUCCCUUGUUUCCCCCUCUAUUCUCUCUUUUCUUCCCUCUCUCCCUAAUUCUAUCCCUAUCACCCACCCUAACAAGCAGCAUAUACUUCAAGCGCUCACUCGUCGUUCAUGGGCGUUGAAAGCUAGCGACUUCGGAGAACAACGAUGGAGAACUCAGGGAACAAGAGCGUGUUGCUAACCUCAAACGGCGAUGAGAUUUCACAGGGCAUUGCUUUCCACUUAGUUCAACGAGGCUGCAGGUUGGUUUUGAUGGGAGAUGAGACCCGUUUGCGCAGCAUUGCCCAUGAAAUCACGCGUUCUCUCCCUGAUUCAUCAGUUGUGCAGGUCGUUGGAUUGGACAUGGAGGAUGAAUCGGAGCCCGCAUUUCAUGAUGCUGUUGGCAAAGCUUGUGAGAUUUUGGGGAAAUUGGAUGCUUUUGUCAACUGUUUUACUUACGAAGGGAAGUUGCAAGAGCAUCUUGAGGCAGAUGAGAGUGAGUUCAGAAAGAUAGUUAAGAUAAAUUUCAUGGCUGCGUGGUUUUUGUCAAAGGCUGUUGGGAAAAAGAUGCGGGAUUUCAACACGGGAGGUUCCAUUGUUUAUUUAACUUCGCUGAUGGGUUCUGAAAGAGGGCUUUAUCCUGGAGCUGCUGCAUAUGCCUCAGCCUUAGCAGCAGUGCAGCAGUUAGUUAGGGCUUCAGCUAUGGAGCUAGGGAAGUACCAGAUCAGAGUUAAUGCCAUUGCACGAGGCCUUCACCUGAAUGAUGAAUUUCCAUUAUCCGUGGGAAAGGAAAGGGCAGAGAAGCGGGUGAAGGAGGCAGCGCCACUUGGGAGAUGGCUUGAUGUUAAGAAUGAUCUCGCUUCUACCGUCAUCUAUCUGAUCAGUGAUGGAUCUUGCUACAUGACAGGAACAACCAUCUUUGUUGAUGGGGCACAGUCUAUAACCAGGCCUCGAAUGCGCUCCUUUAUGUGAUUUUUUGUCACAAUUUGAGCAGCUGGCACUGAAGAAUCUUGCAAGGAGUGUUCUACCAGGCACAUUUGUCUUAUCCCUAUUGUUUAUUUGCAACGUUUUGGUGUGUCCUUGUAAAUGUAAAGUUGCAGCUUUACUGAAUAAACUAGAUUUAGACCUCAGAAUUCGUUAAAUUAGUAGUGAGAUAUUAGGUGUAUCAAAUAUAAUGAUAAUAAUUAUAAAAACAAUGUUGUGAUGAACA